AUGUUCGAGUCUGUCAUUGACACCACCGGGUGUCACUUCAUAAAGGCUAAAGCCUUCGGCCCAUUUCCAGCGAUAGUCAGUCCUUGGGCAGAGAAUGGUAACUUGACAGUCUACCUGAAGCGUCAAGGUGGGGCUCUUACUGUCGUUAGACGAUUCCAGCUGGAUUAUCCCAACUAUUAUCAGUCAAUCACACAUCCGAUUGCCUUGUCCACACCUCGAAAUAUUAUGCACUACAAAGAGGACUGGGAGCUCAUGUUCAACAACGCACAGACGUAUAACCAGGAGGCACUUUGGAGAGUUGUCACUGCAGAGACAGGGCUAGCUGGCGCCUCACCAGCUCUAGGUGGACCCUUGAGCUCUGCAGCAUAUGACAACUCUGUGCCUACAUCUAUGGAUGAAGAUGAGUGGCUGCAGCUGGGCAGGGCUCAGAGUGCUGGUUGCAAACAGACGAAGCCUGCUCUUGACAUCAAGGAUCCAGUCGAUGAUGAUUUGAAUCUGAACCCUUCAAUCAAUACACCAGAUGCAGAAUGUCACAUUCAAGCUCACUCCAGCUUCGCGGGUGUUCAAUAUAUAUUCAAUGUUCAGCAAUUUGGCAAACAUUCAUGCUUGGACGACUUGGACUCCAAUACAGCUUUCCCCUCCAACACGUCAUAUCGUGAAGUGCCACCAGCACAUGGUUUAUUUAAUAUGGAUGACAUUCUUGGCAAGCUUCUAGGAAUGGCCAAAGGAACUUGGGAGAAGCUGUCCCAGGUCGCUGUCCUGGGCGCUGAAUAUGACUCCCCUGAACGCCAGCCCCAUCCGAAAUGUUUGGAAGGGACCCGAGUAGACCUUCUCAAACUCAUCCACAGACUGUUAGACAAGCGAGAGAAGAGUCAAAUCAUUUGGCUGCAUGGCACGGCAGGCGUCGGAAAGUCUGCCGUGGCAUUCACUGUAGCUGAAAGAAUGAAAAGUCUGAAAAUAACACAGAAUACGAAAAUUGAAACAAGGCUCGCGGGGACAUUCUUUUUCUCGCGCAAUUCCAAGGAACGCAGCACGACUGGUCAUUUCUUUGCGACCCUUGCUUACCAGCUUGUGAGCAAUUUCCCCAGCGUCAAGAACGACGUGAACAAAGCUAUUCACGAGAAUCCUGCCGUUCUAGACUCCAGCAAAUCUCUUUGUGAUCAGAUGAAGGUAUUAUUUCGCCAGCCUCUCCGGCACCUGCAAUUCAGGUUACGUGCCUGUCCGCCUCUGGUCUUUGUCAUCGAUGCCCUCGAUGAAUGCAAACCCAAAACCGUCGCCGAUCUUAUCUCCCUCCUUGGGGAAGCUCUUCACGAUCCCGAUCUUCCUGUGAUCCACAUUUUACUCACAAGUCGCUUGGAGGAGCAUAUCCGUAAAGCCAUUCAAAAAGUGCACGCACUGGUAUACGAGAUACCGGUGAAUACUUCUGGGGAGGGCAUUUCUUGUACCAUUUUGUUAGACGGCGAAGAUGUCGACAAUGACAUCUAUAUCUUCUUACAGCAUUCCUUCACGGAGUUGCAAAGUUGCCAUCCUGAUUUCCCUCAGCUCGCUGCAGAUAAACUUACAUGGCUGGCGAACCGAGCUGGCAGACAUUUCAUUGUGGCAUCUACAAUGAUGAAGUUUGUCGACGAUGGAUACAAUGACCCCCUGGAUCGCCUUGAGCUCAUGCUCGAGCUAACGAAUGAACUGUUACCUGGGACCGAAGUGUAUGAGCUAUACAACCAUAUCCUCUCCACCUGUUCGAACCCUAGCCGGGCAUACCAGCACUUGUCCAUUGUUGCUGCCCUUGCAGACCCUCUGCCGAUCUCACAGAUCUCGAAGCUCCUUGGUCUUGGUCAAGGCAGUGAUGUCGCAACCAUACUAGUACAGCUACAAUCAUUCAUGAAUAUUCCUGCCGACGGCAUCCAUCCUCACCACAUUCCCUACUCGCUUACUCGUCUUUCCGCUUGA